CCCUUCUCAGCCUCAACAAAGACUCUUUCAAGCCAUCCUUGGAACGAGUAUCCUGGUUCCCGACACAUUUCCCCCAUUCCACAUCUUGAAAAAAAACAUUUGAUUCUCAUUCUAUCAUCUUGACGGCACGCCUGCGCCGCGUUUUCGACACCCUACGGCGACGCGACUCGAACGUAAUCGCGUCAGACUCGUCAUCGCAACUUCGCUGCAAAGAACAGCUUCUGCAAUAGCUUCCGCAUCAACCAUCUAACUACCGGUAAAUCUCGGUCAACAUGUCUCACGAGGAAGAUCUCAUUGAUUACUCCGAUGAGGAGAUCGGUGGUAACGAAACCACUGCUACCACCUCCAACGGCAAGAAGGGCGAGCUUGCUGCCGGCAACAAUGUCGACAAGAAGGGCAGCUACGUCGGCAUUCAUUCCACCGGUUUCCGCGAUUUUCUUUUGAAGGCUGAGUUAAUUCGCGCCAUCGGCGACUGCGGUUUCGAACAUCCAUCGGAGGUUCAACAAACCUGUAUCCCCCAGGCACUCCUCGGUGGUGAUAUCAUCUGCCAGGCCAAGUCUGGUCUAGGAAAGACAGCUGUUUUCGUUCUCGCUACCCUUCAGCAGGUCGAGCCUGUGAACGGAGAGGUCUCCGUCGUUGUUAUGUGCCACACCCGAGAGCUGGCUUACCAGAUUCGUGACGAGUACAACCGUUUCAGCAAGUACAUGCCCGAUAUCAAGACCGGUGUGUUCUAUGGUGGAACUCCCAUCAAGACCGACAUGGAGACACUCAAGAAUAAGGACACUUGCCCUCACAUCAUCGUGGGUACUCCUGGACGUCUUAAGGCCCUCGUUCGUGACAAGGCCCUACGUCUGGGCAGUGUUCGCAUCUUCGUGCUUGAUGAGUGUGACAAGAUGCUUGAUCAGCCUGAUAUGCGUACGGAUGUGCAAGAUGUUUUCCGCGCUACGCCUCCUCAGAAGCAGGUUAUGAUGUUCUCGGCCACCUUGUCCGAGGAGGUAAAACCUAUUUGCCGAAAGUUCAUGCAGAACCCGACCGAGCACUACGUCGACGAGGACACUAAGCUCACUCUUCAUGGUCUUCAGCAGUUCUAUAUCAAGUUGGAAGAAAAGGAGAAGAAUCGCAAGCUCAACGAGCUCUUGGAUGAACUCCAGUUCAACCAGGUCAUUAUUUUCGUCCGUAGCACUGUUCGUGCCACUGAGCUUGACAAGCUCCUCAGGGAGUGUAACUUUCCUUCUAUUGCCGUCCACUCUGGCGUCAGUCAGGAAGAACGUAUUCGUCGCUACAAGGAGUUCAAGGAGUUCAAGAAGAGAAUCUGCGUUGCUACCGAUGUCUUUGGACGAGGUAUUGAUAUUGAGCGUAUCAACCUCGCCAUCAACUACGACUUGUCCAACGAUGCCAGCUCCUACCUGCACCGUGUCGGUCGUGCUGGACGAUUCGGUACCAAGGGAUUGGCCAUCUCGUUCGUCAGCACCGACCAAGACCAAGAGGUGCUUAAGGAGAUCGAGAAGCGAUUCGAAGUCGCCCUUCCUGAAUUCCCCAAGGAGGGUGUCGAUGCCAGCACUUACAUGGCCUCUUAAAGGGCUGGAUGAGAUGGUGGUUCCCACUGCAACAAAUGGUGAACGCCUUGCGCCGCUGUAGGCCGUUGGUGAGAAGCUAGGAAAUUGAUGUUGAAAGACUGAGGCGGCGAAGGGCAAAAGUUGCAAACGAUUUCAUCUUGGUCAAUUGUAUUCGUUAAUUUUUUUCAAUGGAUUCGUAUUACGAUGCUCGUGUUUUAUAAGCAG